CUUUUCGCUAUCUCCAAUAUCAUUCAAACCAAAAAAAAGAACUAAACAAUACCCCAAUCAUGUCAGAACCGACAUGGGCCCGCUACCUAGAAUUCGUCAACGAAUCCCAACCCCCAGCAAAGGACCUAGCCUUCUUCACCACCAUACCCUGGCUGCAACCCUACCUAAAACCCUCCUCACCAUACCGCCCCAUCCCCUUCUUCUCCCGGAUCCCAAAGUCAACAUCCGAAGAUAAAUUCUUCAGCAAAGUCAUCAACACCCCCUCCACCGUCUCUCACGGGUUAUCCCUUGUCCUCAAAGGCGACAACUUCGAAACCCGCAUUGCGGACUUCGCCGACGGGAAGAAUGGCGAGUCUGCAACUGAAGAGGCGGAUUUCGUGUACCUUGUUCAACUUGGAAGUGACUUGAGUGGGUUUGAAGAUACGGCGCAUGGUGGGGUUUUGGGGGCGCUGUUCGAUGAGAGUAUGGGGGCUUGCUUGGAGAGGUUUAGGCAGACGGUCGAGGGGAGGGAAACGCUGCUUUUUACGGCGAAUCUGAGUGUGUCGUACAGAGCGCCGGUAGAUGUGCCAGCGGUUUAUGCUAUUAAGAUUUGGGUGGAGAGACGGGAGGGGAGGAAGUGGUUUGUGAAGGGGGAGCUGGUGGGCGAGGAUGGGAAGGUUAAGGCUGAUGCGAAGGCGUUGUGGAUUUCGGCGAAAGCUAAGGCAUCGCUGUAGAUGUGGA